UGUACGUGACAGUUUGUUAGCUAGUUGUCGUGGAAACAAGCUAAAUGGAGGGAUUUUGAAGAUAGUUAAGGACAGUGUCGGUGUCGAGAAGGAGUCCAUAUCGGCUGCCUACAUCUUUGCACAAAUGAGCCAGUUUGCAAACUAGUUAAAUCUAGCGAGAGAUUAUCUGUAGCAAUACCUUGGCUUCAAACUGCAAAGUUAUUAUUGAGUCGCUAACUAACGUAGAUAGUACUCUGGCUGUGUGCGCGAGGAAGGGCCCUGAAGAGCUGGAAAAGUAAGUAUAAUCGACAACAAUCAUGACCCAACAAGGAGCAGCGCUACAAACCUACAACAAUGAGCUUGUCAAGUGUAUCGAGGAGCUGUGCUCUAAGAGGGAUGAGUUGAACCGUCAGAUACAGCUGGAGGAGGAGGAGAAGGGUCGUCUACAACAUGACAUUCGUGUCCUCACUGAGAAGCUAAGCCGCGUCAAUGAGAGCUUGGCCAGACGACUCACCGCCCGCGCUGACUUUGACCGCACCAUCGCUGAGACUGAGGCUGCCUAUAUGAAGAUUCUGGAGAGCUCUCAGACACUGCUGAGUGUACUAAAGAAGGAAGCGGGAAAUCUCGGCAAAGCCACUGAACCCAGAGGGAAAGACCACUGACGUCCAGACUACCUUCCCUCUCAACCAGAUACCAGCACUUCCCAUCACCAUCUUAUCUAGAACUGUUUGUAAUAUAUUUGUCAAAAUGUUGAAUAUUUAAUUCUGCUCUUUACUGGUGUACUUAUUUUAUAUCAAUUGAAUUAUUUUAAUAAAGUUUGAAGAUUCCCUUCACAUUUGCCACCAA